AUAUGGAAUGUCAGAAAGACAAAACAGGAGGAGGUUGGUCUCUAAACUGUGACUUCAACGUAUUUACGUCACCUGACUGCACACAUCUCUUGACCGGCCAUAUUUUUUGAAGUGACACCGCCACAUUCACAAGUCUCAUCUAUUAACGAUAAUGUUCUUUUUAAAUUAACAGGAUUCAGAUUUAAUAUAGAUCGCAAUUACAAAAUGAAAUCCGGACAGACUGCGAGUCACAAAUCAAACACCCCUGCUCAGACAGGUGCCAGUUGUCAGACCGAUGACCAGAUGCUGCUACCAGAGAAGGGCUAAGCAAAAUCAAUCAACCAUGUGUAGGACUUGUGUGUGUGAGAGACACUUGCCUCAGACCCGGUCAGUGCUCUGCAGUGCUUUCUGAACUCCGAACCGUGUUCUCUAUCUCUUUCAAUCUUGUUCUUCUACUCUCUUUGCAACGCUGGUAGCUUGGCGAACCCACACGGACACGUGCAUGUGGUUAUUUAAUCUCUCUCCAUCCCUCUCCCUCUCUCUCUCUCGCUCUCUCUCUGGCUCCCUCCCGCCCUCCAUGUGGGUACAUUUCUACUUGUGAGGACCACUGCAGUUUAAUACCUUCAAAGUAUGGGCUCUAGAACUGAAGUAGGCGGUAUGGUAAGGUUUGGGUUAAGGCAUGUAGUUGUGAUGGUUAAUGUUAGGAAAGAAGUGCAGAGGCAUAUGUUUGUGUGUGUGUGUGUGUGUGUGUGUGCGUAGACAUUUGGCUUUCAGGAUUGCCGUCCACAGACCAGGGGGUGGUGGUCAUGGGGGAAAGGAGCAGCUGUUGUUGUGGCUGUCCAUUUAGCAUUUUUCCUGUCCUUACGCGCACAUCAAAGCGCUCGGAGCGGGGCCCCUGGAGCGGGCGCAGGUGCAGAAUACACAGCACAGACCUUUAAAAACCUGACGAGUAACAAAGUUGGAGCCGUGGGGGGAUAUAGACGGCGAGGUGAACGGGAUGCCAAAGCCGGCCCUGGAGCACACGAUAACCGGCUCAGCUGAAGGAAGCUGUGGAUGACGGUGUAACUUUUUUGAACUGUGAUAAAGCACUAACGAGUCAAAUCAGAAAUACAUAUGGAUUACUCCCGAUUCCCUCUAUUUAACACCUCCUGCAAGCAUAUUCAAGACAUGACUGGGUCGAUUUGUUUAAAUAAAUUAGAUAAUUGGCCAGGCAUUGGAUCCUUUCAUUUAAUCGGAAACAGCAUCUGAAGGCCUUUGUGCGCGUUACCAAUAGCACAAGCUGGGAAGAUCCAAUCAAUCAAUGUGAGAAGAACCCGACUCGAUGCCCAAGCAAUUUCCUGCCAAACUCCUGUGAAAUUGUGUGAUGGGAUGUGAACUCCUAUGGGAUGGGAAGCCUCCGGUGACAAACAGCUCAGCACUGUUUUCUGAACAUGUCUGACGUUUUUUCUUUAUUAACUUUAUUCUUCAUGACCAAUUUCAGGUCAUGUGAAGGAAGGUCCUGGGUUUAGCUUACUCAUAGUAGUAGUAGUAGUAGUCGUAGUAGUAGUGGCAUUAGAUCCGUGGUUUUCUAUUUGGGUGUUCUACAAGGGUUCCUCUCAGGGGCUCUUUCAUAAUUUAGUCGCCUGAACUUGUUUCUGAAUCACAGACUCCUAAUUGGCCAAAUAUCAUCACGAGUGACAGCAAACAAGAACGGCUCAGAUUAAAAGUAAUGUGUAUAGAAACAGACAUGUUAACUCCAAAUUCGAUGUUAAACCCAUCGCAAACAUGCAGAGAGGUAAUCCUGUUUGUCGAUCUCUGCAUCUGCCCUUUGUUUGCGUGCUGAUGCCCUCUGCUGGUGGCGAAACGGGACAUUUUGACAAAAGUCUUUGUAAACGUGGAUGCAGAGCGUUGCGAUCAGUAUUCCAUGAUUACGUCACAGACCGAGACGAGUUCCACUUGGGUUCAAGGGGGUUAAAGCACUUUCAGUGUUUGGCUGACGUUCCCUAAGAUUUCCCCUGGGUAGCAGAAAUGUCCGCAGGCGUUUUACCUCAGAUCUUGUGUCUCUUUAAAUGUAUCUGGGCUUCUUUGACUAAAGGCUGUCCCUGUGGGUCUCCCUUAGACCCCUCUGUCAGCUUUUCUCAGAUGCACAGGCACUUGAGUGUCUGAACCGUUAAAGUUUUAUUUAUUUUACUUUGGAACUUCUGAAGCAGACGGAUGUGCUCAGAGCUCUCCUUUGUGCCCCCCCCCCCACCCGUUAUUAUUGUAUUUUCCCUGAAGAAGAACUGUCCUUUCAAUUUCUGUCUACCUUUUUUAUCUUUAGCUGCCCCUUCCAGUCUCUGCAGGUUUCCUCUUUUCUUGCACGCUCUCUCAAGGGCUUCCUUCUCAUCUUUCAUCCAUUAUUCCUCCACCUUCCCUUUCUCUUGCCCUUUCCUUCUCCUUCGGCUCGCCUCCUUUUGUCUCAACACGCUCUGGGCUCUAAAUCUGGAAGAGUCGUUAUCCCUGUGCAUGAAAUCUUUGGGUUUUAAAAUGUCUCUUUACAACCCUUACGGUAUAUUUAUUCCCAUCCCUGUUGAAUUGACCGUAUAUCAAGUGCCUGACAAGGUGCACAUGAUGUAAAGCCCCUUACAGUGUAGAAGUAACAGAUGUCCUCAAAGUUUAAUGGCAACAUAAUAUCUGCCUUUACAUUUUCGUAUAGAAACAUGAUUUUUGGCCUCAAGUCAUUCUCUGUAAACCCAAAACAUCAUAUUUUACUACCAUUUGUUUAAUUUUGACACUUUCAUCAUUUUCCAUGUUAGUUAUUCGGCGAUGAUCAAUGCAGGAAUUAAUUUAAUUAAUUAAGCUUCAGACAAAGCACCUCUAUAAAUAAUAAUAAGAGUCCAAGUUAGAAACCAAAAAACUCAGAGUCUAUCUUUGUUCUUUGCGAUGAUUGAGAAUGGCCGUCCUCCUAUUAUUAUGUUUCCCUCAGUAAACUAGCUUUGCAUCUUGAUGAAGCCCCUUCAGAAGGGAUACUUAAUAAUUAUUAUAUUAGGUGCCAAAAUGGUACUUUUCACAACUGCAUGUAUCAGCAUACUCAGCAGACCGGGGAAUUGAUCUGCAAUAGCGCUGCCUCUACUACAGGCAUUUAAAAAAAAAAGCAUUACAUUGUAUUUAAUAUAUAUCAGAUAUGUGUGGGUGUGUGUAACAUUUACAUUUAGUUAAGUUAAUGUGUGUUUAGUGUGAUAUUUACGUCUAAAUAUUGGGAAUUUGCUAGACUGUAUGAAUAAGAAUAUAAAUAAACAAUUACGCAUUGUCCACAUAUUAAUACAAUUGUGAGUGAGCGGAUCAUUAAUUAAAAGCAAUUUGAGAUUUGAAAGAAUCCAGCAGGUGGCAGUAUUAUAAAAUGAGAGUUUCAUUAAGUUGUUAUUCGCCGUACGAUGUUAAAUAUCAUGGAGCAUUUUACUUUAUUGAAAAAACGUAACACAAGUAAAAGCUAGUUAAUCUUAGACUAACUUCCAUAACAUUGGGGACAUUAUUACAUUACAACAACUUUGCUUCAAUUCUACAAUACAGCAUCACAAUCGAAUUACUUUUCAGUUAUCAGUUGUACAUUUAAUGCGCUACAAUGACCCAGCGGUUCUGGAUACUGUUUGUUAGAAUUAGAAUUGAAAUUAAAUGGAUUUUUCCUCCACACACUACGAAACACGCCUUUCCUUCCUCUGUAUUUAAAAUGACCUGCUUUGGCGGUACGUCAGAUUCCACCCACUCAGCCACCUCAUCCGAAGCGGUGAACAGAUCACAGAGCCGCGUCCCCAAACAACCACCAGGGUUAUGCACUGCAUCUUCCACAUGCAGCUUAGGUUACCUUUUCGAAAAAGUGGAAACCACAACAUUUCCUGCACCAUGGGUUAUUUUUUUUGCAGCAUAUCCGAUGCAUUACAGAAACACUAUAGCAAACAAAUGUAAUGCAGGAGAAAUGCUACAAACAUCUAAUACAAACAAAUGGGACAUGCAUGCAUGCAUGCACUGCAGUUUACUCUUCCGUUGGAUUUGUCACUGGCUAAAACUGAGAUGCAAAUUACCCAAAAUCCAAUGCAAACGUCGACUGUAUUUCAUUUGCAUUCCCAUUAUAGCACUGCCCAAUCAUGCCGAAACACCAUUAGCUGAGGCAGAUGGUACUGAUAUAUUCUUCUACACAGACUUGACUUUGUAUAGUUGCAGAUGUGACACAUGCCGCAGGCAGCAACAGACUGGAAUCCAUCUUUAAACCAGAAGUUGAUUUAAACAGAGAAUAUGUCAACAUGCGCUGACACAUUUCGUAAAGUUCUAACAAAGGCUGCGUGUGCUGUGAAAUCAGCAGAGAUCAGCUAAAUACUAUGAAAAUACUCUACAGUACAUCCUCAACCACUUUACCAUUACAUAAUCAGAAGGGAAAAAAGAGUUACUGUAGAUUGUUAAUAGAAAACGGUCAAUAAAGCCAAGUAGGAAUGAAAUAGAAUCAUAAUAAAAUUGAAAAACAUUCAUCACCUUAAAUGAGGUGUCUGGUCAUUCUGAAGGCUGAGUUUCUCCUCACAAAUCUCAGCUCACUGAGGGACGAGAAAUAUCAAUGCUGUUACAGAUUCCUUUUGAUUUAUAUUCUUUGGUAAAUUGAUGGUUCAGAACAGCUCAUCUGAAACCUUGAUGCAAUACGUUUGAUUUAUUGAAGUAAGUAGAAAUAAUUUACAACACCUUUUUCUUUUUAUCUUACGAAUGUCAAAGUUGUAACCACCCAUCUAGUUUUUGUUCCACUGUCAGACUGUAUCAUUUAUUCUGUAUUCACAUGUUCCAGCUCAUCAUUGAAGCAGUAGGAUCUUUACACUGAUGGUAUCUCAAUAACCUCACAAAUGUAUGUAUUAUAUGACUAAACCUUUCCAUGAAGCAGGAGGAUGGAACAUGUUUGGUGCAAUAAAAUCCAUUUAGUAUUAAACAAACAAGUUGCUUUGAAUUCCUUAAAUAUCCUCUAAAGUCCUGAACUGCUUCCUCCCGUCAGUCAUGCAUAUAAACGGGCUGCUAACUUCUUGCUCCAGCAAAGAGCCCCCGCCUCACCCCCUCCCUCCCACACCUCCCAGGGUGGAAGUAACACGGGGUGGAGGGCCGGGCCCAAAUGCCCCCACAGGAUUACCAGCAUUGUUUAAGGCUUCACUGCAACUCCCAAUCACCUCUGCAAUCUUGUGAUCUCUUCUCAAUACACAACCAGAGCUGCCAGGAAGGGACAUGUCUGCCUGCCCCCCCUCCCCCCAGAGGCACCUUGGAAUUCUGCUCACUGUCCCUCAACUUGGACUGAAGGAGAGAGAAUCUUGUAUGCUUCUCAGGCCUAACACACACACACACAGAAUAUGAGUGCACCAGAAUCCGGUGGCGGGUGGUUUACUCUCUUUCAUCAGUAUCUGCAAAAUUAUUUACAACCCAUCAUUAAGUUUGUAUUCUAACCCCUCAAUGUCUUGUUCAGAAGAUAACAACAGCCAAGCCAAACAGACAGUAAAUCAAGAAUAGACACACGCAGGGAUUGUAUGUAUUUAUCUCUCCAUGGCACUUUUAUGGAGUUAUCUUUUCAUAUUAUUUAUUUUAAAGACAUGCUUAGAAUAAAACCCAAACGCCUUUCUUCAUGGCUAUUUCUGUAAGCGUACAUUCCGAUACCAGGGAAAUUGAACAAGAUCAGGUAACACUCUCACCUGGCCCCCAUUCCCCUCCAUCUACCCUCCCCUCCGCUGUCCAGACUCCGCCCUUUCUGUGAUGACCAAUCGAGUUCAGCAGGAUAGAGACCCAUCUGAGAACAUCUGAAAGCAGCACUUUGUCUCAAGGCGGCGUUGGUGUCGAUAACAGGCAGACAAAGUAACAAGCAACACGUUUCUGAACAAAUCAAGUCUGAGGAUGACCCGGUCCCCCCCAGCAGCUGACUCGUACCAGCAGGACUCCAUCAGGAUGACUCUCGAGAACGCUGAUCUCUGGAAGUCCUUCCAUACUUUUGGAACAGAGAUGAUUAUUACAAAGCAUGGAAGGAGGAUGUUUCCCCACUGCAGCAUCAGUCUAUCUGGGCUCCAACCUUUCGCUAAUUACGUCGUCAUGAUAGACAUGGUCCCCGCAGACGGCUUCAAAUACAAGUGGAAAAAGGAGCAGUGGGAGGCCGCAGGGAAGGCAGAGCCUCAGCCCCCGUGUCGGACGUACGUGCACCCAGACUCUCCUGCCCCGGGAAGUCACUGGAUGAAGCAGCCGUUGUCCUUUCUCAGGAUGAAGCUCACCAACAACACGUUGGACCAACACGGCCACAUCGUCCUGCACUCCAUGCACCGCUACUACCCCAGGUUCUACGUCACCCAGGCCGACAGUCCGUACACCAUCUGCUGGGCCCCGUUUCAGACGUUCUCCUUUCCAGAGACAACCUUCACCGCAGUGACGGCUUACCAAAAUCCAAGGAUCACCAAAUUGAAGAUCCACCACAAUCCCUUUGCUAAGGGCUUCAGGGAAGGAGGCACACAUUUCCGAAUCAAAAGGUGUCAUUCAAAUAGAAGCCCUCCGCCAAAAAAAGCCACACCGGACAGGAAAACCCUUUGCAACAGUCCUCCUGGCCUACAGAGGAUGCCCUUGUCCUCUCAGUCGGUGCAGACGGAGCGGGAUACGGCUUCCACGCAGACGCCGCUGAAGGGCGCUGACCUUUCCGCCGUGGCUGCGGAGCAGGACCCAUCUGAGAGUCUACUAUCGGAGCCCCUGGAGCUGCAAGAGUAUGAUUACAGCUGUGAAGAACAGAUGGUGCCUGCAUCCGUGCCAUACCAGUGUUACAGAAGUCCCUUUCUUUCCUCCAAUCACGCGGAACCAGCGCAGACCGGUCGGCCACCUUCCGUCCCAUUUCCCAGCACGACGCUCAACAACACGUCUACCACCAGGGCCGAGCGGCGGAUUGGACCCAGUACCCGCUCUUUUCCUACUCCUGUUGGUGAGCAACGGUGA